AUGCUCUCCCCGCGCAGCCUGCUCCCCCUCCUGGCCAUCGCCUGCGUUUCGUUCUUCUCCUUCCUCUUCUACAGCACCAAUGUGAGGGAAUCGUGGAGGGGCCUGCCGCAGAAGAUCGGCCUCGGAGAGGCAGUACCGGAGCCGUCGUCGUCAUCGCCGGCGCCAUCGCCGUGGGCGAGCGCAAGCACAGGUGCGACAGGGUCGCCGAUCGAGAGCCCAGCAAAACCCAAGCAAACGUGGAGCUCGAUUCCGAAGUUCGAAGGAGGGGUCGGCAUGCCCGCGGAUUACAACUUCAGCACCGUCCUGGUGAUUCCACGGACGAGCAGCGAGGACGUCGGUUGGAUUGACGAAUACCUUCCCGAGUACCAGACAGCGAUAUACGUCGCCAACGACAACAGCGCACCGCUACACCCGCCGAAGAACAAGGGGCACGAAGUCAUGAUAUAUCUGACUUGGAUCAUCGACAAUUACGCGGAUCUGCCGGACGUUGCGGUCUUCAUGCACGCCCACCGGUACGCCUGGCACAAUAGCGACAUGUUGGACUUGGAUGCUGUGCAAAUGAUCCAGCGUCUGAACCGCAACCGCGUGCUCCGCGAAGGUUACAUGAACAUGCGCUGCCACUGGGACCCGGGUUGCCCUGAUUGGAUGCACCCGGGCGAAGUGGAAGACGAUUCCCAGAAGCACGAACAGAAGCUUCUCGCCAAGGCUUGGAGCGAAAUCUUCCCCCUGGACCCCAUUCCGGAAGUGCUAGCGCAGCCGUGCUGCGCGCAGUUCGCCCUGAGCCGCGAUCGCAUCCGCGCCAUCCCGCUGCAACGCUUCGUCGCCUACCGAGACUGGCUGCUCCGGACACCGCUCAGCGAUGCGCUCUCGGGCCGCGUGUGGGAGUACAUCUGGCAAUACAUCUUCACCGGCCACAACGUCUACUGCCCCAUCCAGCACGUAUGCUCCUGCGACGGCUUCGGCAUAUGCUUCGGCAGCGAAGAAAAGUACAAGGCGUGGACGGACCUGCGCUUCACGCAGCUGGGCUACGAAUACGAGCUCAGGGAUUGGCACGACAAGGAGAAGCUAGUGCAGCAGUCGAUGGAGGACGGCACCUUUGACGAGCUCGCCGAACUCGAUAUCCCUGAGGUGGGGCGGGACGUGUGGCUGGAAGAGGAGAUUGAGCGCAUCAAGCAGGACUUAAAGCAAAGGAGGGAUGCCGCAAUAGAAAGGGGCAACGACCCUAGGAUCCGGGCGCAGGACAGCGGUAGGGAGUGGAAGGAAGGGGACUGGUUCUGA